AAUCACGGCGGAGGAGGGUCCGCCGGCCCCGCCCCCGCCUCGCCGCCGGUCGCGCGCAGCUCGCGCCUGAGGAACUGCGGCUGCGGUUCCGAGCGGGCUCUGGGGCUGUUUCCAUUGAAUGACCAGGAAGGCUCUCGGUGCAAAGCGUUCCUGCAGAAUUGCUUCCACGUAAAGGGACCUUCGGGAAAUUUCGCUGGACCCCGGCUGGCAUUGACAAACCCAGCGUCCCUGAGCCUUGUGAGGUUUCCAGGCAGGUUGAUUGCGAGGCAACAUGUCUGCUUCGGUGAAAGAAAGCCUUCAGCUUCAGCUACUGGAGAUGGAAAUGCUGUUUUCUAUGUUUCCUAACCAAGGAGAAGUAAAACUUGAAGAUGUAAAUGCCCUGACGAAUAUAAAGAGGUAUUUGGAAGGCACAAGGGAGGCGCUGCCGCCAAAAAUCGAAUUUGUAAUUACGCUCCAGAUUGAGGAGCCCAAGGUGAAAAUUGAUUUGCAAGUGACCAUGCCUCACAGCUACCCCUAUGUAGCAUUGCAGCUGUUUGGACGGUCAUCUGAACUUGACAGACAUCAGCAGCUACUUCUCAACAAAGGUCUCACUUCUUACAUAGGGACUUUUGAUCCAGGUGAGCUCUGCGUAUGUGCAGCAAUCCAGUGGCUACAGGACAACAGUGCAUCUUAUUUCCUGAGCAGAAAGCUUGUGUAUGAACCAUCUACACAAGCAAAGCCAGUCAAGAACACAUUCCUCCGAAUGUGGAUCUACAGUCACCAUAUAUAUCAGCAGGACCUAAGGAAAAAGAUUUUGGAUGUUGGGAAAAGGUUAGAUGUGACUGGAUUUUGCAUGACAGGAAAGCCUGGUAUAAUCUGUGUGGAGGGUUUCAAAGAGCACUGUGAGGAGUUCUGGCACACAAUUAGGUACCCCAAUUGGAAGCACAUUUCCUGUAAGCAUGCUGAAAGCAUGGAGACAGAAGGAAAUGGUGAGGACCUGCGCCUUUUCCAUUCUUUUGAAGAAUUACUCCUUGAGGCCCAUGGUGACUAUGGAUUAAGGAAUGACUAUCACAUGAAUCUGGGCCAGUUCUUAGAAUUUCUCAAGAAGCACAAAAGUGAGCAUGUUUUUCAAAUACUAUUUGGUAUUGAAAGCAAAAGUUCAGACUCGUAAAAAGCUAUUGAGAGGCCUAUGCUUGUAAUUUCGCUAUGUCAGUAUUUCUGUUAUUAAGAGCAAAAUAAAAAGGCUGGUAGCUGUGUAGCAUCCUCAGUGCAAAACCCAGCUCCUGAAUUUUCACCUGGUAAUGAAUUUCAACUGACAGUGAAAUGAAUAGGCCUUUAAACUUUAUAACAGUGCAAUUGUGAUGUUAUGUCUAGGUUCUUGUGUUAAGUCAUUCAAAAACUAUUUCAUUGUAAAUAAAAACAAUCCAUUUAA